AUGGUGGAAAUAAAAAACAGCGGUACGGCGAAUAAUUUAUACGAGUGUUUGAAACUUUGUCUAGCUGAAAAAAAUAUAUCUGCGAAUCUCAUCGGCUUUGCAUCGGACACUACAUCUGUAAUGGCAGGAUCUAAGCAUUCUAUAUUUACAUUAUUGAAAGAGGACUUUCCAAAUAUUGUAACUGUGAAAUGUUCAUGUCAUAUGAUUCAUUUAGUGGCGUCAAAAGCGUGUCAAAAACUUCCAGAAUCGUUGGAAAGUUUAUUAAAAAAAUUAAGCAGUCAUUUUCAUAAAAGUAGCAUUAGACAAGAUCGACUACGAGAAUUUCAAGAAUAUUUUUCCGUGCAAUCGCAUAGAAUCUUGUCACCUUCAAAUACUCGCUGGUUAGCGUUGAAAGAAUGUGUUGAUCGAGCUCUGGAGCAAUACACGCCGCUGAAUGAGCAUCUCAGAGAAUCUGUCUUUAGUGAACCAACUGUAGCAGUUAAUGAAAUGCUUGAAAUAAUGGAAGAUGAAUUUACUAAGAUAUAUCUUGAGUUCAUGUCGUAUAUUUUAGAAAUUUUGGUCGACUUUAAUAAGUUAUUUCAGUCGGAAAACUCACUGUUACAUAUUUUAAAAUCAGAAACCGAAAAAAUGUACGUGAAAAGUAAUGACGUCUUUACUUUAAAUCACGAAAAUGUCGAGGAGUUUGUUCCACUAGAAAAAAUAUAUUUUGGAGUUUCGGCAUUCGCUACUCUAAAUAUUUCAAUAUUAUAA